AGUGGGAGGGUAUACUGCCUGCCACGAGCGACGCAGUUCGUUUCGUAAACGUUAACACUCAAAAUGAGACAAAUUCUUUAUCGUUCUGAUGUCUGGAUGUAAGACCAACCGAGAUAUUAUUCGUUUGAUUCAUCAACAGAAAGAAAAACCGCUGGAGGUAAACUUUUUAUCUCGUACUGACGGAACACGGGCGGCCGGUGGUGAAAGAAGUCCGAAGCUCAACACCAAUGGGAAAAUAGUACUACAGUCCUUAAAUAAGCAAUCAACCAUGGCUGGGAUGAGCAACUCUCACAUGAAGACCCUAGAGGACCUCACUCUCGACUCCGGCUACGGGGCAGGGGAUUCCUGCAAGUCUCUCAGCCUCUCAUCGUCCAAGUCCAACUCGCAGGCGUUCGUGAGCAAUCCUCAUCGGGGCAACUGGUGGUACUACUCCGGGUCAAUGAACAGCAGGAAUAACAGUUGGGACACAGUGAACACAGUGCUACCCGAGGAUCCCGAGGACAUUUUCUCCAAGUGCCCCCGGCUGCCAGACUUGGAGGAGUUUCCCUGGACGGAGGAAGACGUGGGCAGGAUCCUGCGCAAAGUGGCCAGCAAGGGGCCCGCGUUUUCCAGCGAUGCAGUCCGGAGGCUGUCUAACCUGAUGCGCAGGGCUCUCAUCCGCAUCUCCAGAGAGGCGCAGCGGCUCAGCAUCAUGCACUGCCGCUGUACUCGGUUCGAGGUGCAGAGCGCCAUUCGGCUGGUGUUAAGCUGGGCGCUCGCAGACCACUGCGUGUCGGCCACCGUGAAGGCCAUCUCCAUGUACAACAUGAGCGCCGGCGAGCUGCUGCGCAAGGGCAAGUCCGCCAGGUGCGGCCUGACCUUCUCGGUGGGACGCUUCUUUCGGUGGAUGGUGGAUACGCGCAUCGCGGUGCGCAUCCACGAGUACGCUGCCAUCUGCCUGAGCGCGUGCAUGGAGGCUCUGGUGGAGGAGGUCGGUGCACGCGUGCUGAUGGCCGACGGCGGGGCUUCCAGUGGCGCGCUCACGGCGGAGGUGCUUGAGGGGGUCGUUAAUAACGACUCUGAACUCUGGGGGGUCCUUCAACAGUAUGAACAUCUGAUAUGCGGGAAGAACGCCAACGGUGUGCUGUCCCUGCCGGCCCACUUCAGUCCGUACACAGAGCAGUCACCUGGGCUGGAGAGCAGAGAGGACGCCUAUGCCCAGCUGGAGCUGCGCACGCUGGAGCAGUCCCUCCUGGCCACCUGCGUGGGCAGCAUCUCAGAACUCAGUGACCUGGUGUCGCGGGCCAUGCACCACAUGCAGCGGCUGAGCUCGGUGCGUCCAGGCCUGAGUCCUGCCCGACACGGCCGACCCCAGCCCGUGUCCUGGUCGCCAGACGCCCUGCACACCCUCUACUACUACCUGCGAUGCCCACAGAUGGAAUCCAUGGAAAACCCCAACCUGGACCCGCCACGCAUGGCUCUCAGCAAGGAGAGGCCCUUCCUGCUGAUGCCCCCACUGAUGGAGUGGAUGCGGGUGGCCAUCGUCCACGCUGAGCACCGCCGGAGUCUGCUGGUGGACAGCGACGACGUCAGGCAGGCCGCCCGCCUGCUGCUGCCCGGCCUGGACUGUGAACCACGGCUGCUCAAGCCCGAGUGCUGCUUUAGCUCCUUCAGGCGUCUGGACACCAAAGCCGCCACAGAUAAGUUCCAGCUGGACCUGGGCUUCCGGAUGCUCAACUGCGGACGCACCGACCUGAUUGGCCAAGCCAUCGUGCUGCUGGGCCCCGACGGGGUGAAUGCCAUGGACGACCAGGGCAUGACGCCGCUGAUGUAUGCCUGCGCGGCUGGUGACGAGGCCCUGGUCCAGAUGCUGAUUGAUGCCGGAGCCAACCUGGAUGUAGCGGUUCCAGUGUACUCCCCAAAGCAUCCCUCUGUCCACCCUGACAGCCGUCACUGGGUUGCACUGACCUUUGCGGUGCUACAUGGACACAUCUCAGUCGUGCAGCUCCUCCUGGAUGCCGGCGCUAGCGUGGAGGGUGCAGCUGUCCGGAACGGUCAGGAGUGCAGUGCCGACACCCCGCUCCAGCUGGCCUCCGCAGCAGGGAACUAUGAGAUGGUGACUCUGCUGCUGGCUAGAGGGGCAGAUCCUCUGCUUAGAGCCCACGAAGGGAACAUGCUGACGGCGUCGCUCUACGAGGACAUGAACUGCUUCAGUCACGCUGCCGCACAUGGACACAGGAACGUGCUGCGGAAGCUGCUGGCCCAGCCGCAGCAGGUGAAGGAGGACGUGCUGUCUCUGGAGGAGAUCCUGGCCGAGGGGGUGGAGGGUGAGGACCUGGACUUGGAAGUGUCGAUGUCGGGACGCAACGGCCACUGCCUGAUGGGACUCGGAGCCGGACCAAGAGGCAGCGGAGGCGGUGGUGGUGGUGGCGGAGCAGCGGGAGCCCCCCCUCCCUCCCCGAGCCCCAGCUCACUGUCCAGCGACUCCACUGGCGUGCGCCUCUGCAAAGCCCGCAUGAAGGCCCUGCAGGAGGCGUCCUUCUACAGUGCCGAGCACGGGUACCUGGACGUUACCAUGGAGCUCCGUUCUCUAGGUGUGCCCUGGAAGCUGCAUGUGUGGCUGGAGUCCUUGCGGAGUGCCCAGCAGCAGUCCCGGCCGGCCGUCUCGCUCUCCCUCCUGCGAGACUUCACCUCCAUCAGGGAGGAGGACUACUGUGAGGAGCUGGUCUGCCUCGGCCUGCCCCUCAUGUUCAACGUCCUCAGGACAAACAAGCAAAAUGAUGCUAUAGCACAGCAGCUGGCCAGCAUCUUCAGCCACUGCUACGGGCCAGCCCCGCUGCCCCCCAUCCCCGAGGUGAAAGCCGCUCUCUCGGCCCAGCUUGGUAAACCCCUCACUUCCUCCAACAACCAGGAGAUGUCGGACGUGACCUUCCUGGUGGACGGGAAGCCCUUCUACGCCCACAGAGUCCUGCUCAUCACCGCCUCUGACAGGUUCAAGUCUCUGCUGGGCCAGAAUGGAUCUGACGGAUCUCAAAGCAAGGACAUCGAGAUCAGUGAUGUUAAAUAUAACAUUUUCCAGAUGAUGAUGUCUUAUCUGUACUGUGGCGGGACAGAGGCGCUAAAGACAAACGUGUCAGACGUGCUCGAGCUGCUGUCCGCGUCCAGCCUUUUCCAGUUGGGGGCGCUUCAGAGGCACUGUGAGAUCGUCUGCGCUCAGAACAUCAGUCUGGAGAACGCCGUCAACAUCUACCGCACUGCCAAGGCUCAUGGUGCGAUGGAGCUCAGUGCCUACUGCGAGGGCUUCUUCCUGCAGCACAUGCCGGGGCUGAUGGAGCGGGAGGCCUUCAGGGGGCUGCUGCUGCUGGGGCCUGGCCCUGGGGUCACGGGAGGGAGUCGCUGGGGGUCAGGGCGGGAGAACCCGAUGGACGAGAUGGAGGCCCUCCUGGCCCGCAGGCUGCGCUCGCUUUAUGUCACCUCCAGAGUGUGAGGAUGAGGAGGAGGAGGACAGGGAUGAAGGACUUAAGAGAAGAUGACUGUGAGAGGCUUGGUACCCCC